UGCUACAUACAUAUCUACAUACACACAUAUGUAAGUAUGAAUACAUAUACAUAUUUCUAGCAUUCACCAUGGAGAUGUAUAAUGAUUGUUUUGUAUACUACUUUCUUGCAAUUAUUACAGUAGAAAUGAAAUGCCAGUCAGUGAAGACAAUUUAAUGUACUAGAUAAAUUUCUUAAUAAAUAUGACUUCGGUACAAAACGAAAUUCAACGCAAACAUUUAAUCGUUACGGAUCUUGACCUCUCUGACUGUCAGCAAAUGCAAGAAGUAAAAAACUGUCAUGAUUCAAAUAACAAAGUUCACAAAAAACGUUACUCGGAAAAACAGGUGCAUACUUUUUCGGGCAACUUUAAUCGACGUUCUCGAUCUGCUGAAAAUCGUUCUGAGGAACAUGAACCCAAUAUUAAACAAAGCAUCCGCAUUAACAGUUACUUCAAUGAAGUGUUGCAAUCCAAAGACAAACAAAUGGAAAAAUUGUUGCAACGUUUAGCCACCUUACACAAAUUUAAUGAACAAUUUGAUGUACAAAACAAAGAGCUUCGUUCGCAUAUUCAUAUCCUGGAGGAUCGUAUAGAGAGCUUGCAGUUCGAAGUUGCAAAUUGUAGUCAUUGUCAGGAACUAAUGCAACAACGAGAUAAAUGUUUGACUGAAAAUCAGACAUUAGCGUCUGAUGUAUCGAUGAUGAAGACUCUUGUAUAUCGCCUUAAUGUACAAAUUGAAAAUUAUCAGGAUCGUUUGCGCCUUUCUAAAGACGUUACAAACAAUACAAAUAACACAAGUUCGGAUGAUGUUGUUCCACAUUCGUCUUCUAAAUCAACGUGGGAAGAGAGUGAUGUACGAACACAUUCACUUGCGCCGUUGCUACAUUCGUAUGACGAAAUGAUUCGGGAUAAAGAACACUUAAUACAACAAUAUAAACAGGAAUUUGAACAUUUCACAGGGGAACUGAAAAAGGCACUCGAAGAAAAUAAUAGUCUAUUGCUACAAAACGAAAGCUUUCGUCGAGAGGUUAGUUCUUGGCGGGAAGAACGUACCCGAUUGCAGGCACAAAUCGAUGUCUGCCGCGCAAAAGUUGAAGCUCAAACAAGAAAAUCGGACUUGGCCAAAGAAAAGUUAAUGGAAGUAAUGCAUUGUUAUGAGCAAAAAAUGCAGUCUCUGGUUUUAGACCUGGAACAUUUACAAGCGGCUUAUACACGCUGCAAGAAUGAGCUAUUGUCGCUCAAAAGUUUCAAGCCGCAUGCCACUGAUGGCAUGGAGCACGAUUUACAAGAGUGUAAAGCACUUUUAGAACAGUUGAAAGAGCAGUACAAGAACGAGAAACAUAUGCUCUUGAAAUCUGUUGAAGAGCUUCAAUCGCAACAUGUAGAAGAUAAUAGAAAAAUUUCUGAAAUGAUAAUAAAAAAUGAAACGUUAGAGAAGAGACUGGAAGAGCAGCGCACUGCAAUAGAAGAGUUUCAAAAUAGUGUAAUUUCUUUUCAGCGAACUACCGAAAAAAUCAAGCGCUCUAGAGAUCGGUUGAAGGCGCGGUUGCGAAUUGCAUUGCAAUGGACCCAAAAAAUGGAGGAAGGACAAGUAAAUAUACAAAAUACUUGGGACGCUUUAAAACGUCUUGAAACCAUUGUAAAGCAUAAAGAGUCACAAGUGCGUGGCCUGCAUGCCCGUCAUCUGCAAGAGAUCGAAAAAAUGCAAAAGAAACUAUCCCAAAAAGAGGAGACUAUACGAACUAUACUUAAAGGAAAACUUGUAAUCGGCGAAAAUCGGUAGAUAAUAGAUGAUAGAUAGUUAUUGCAAGCGAACGAAUUGAUAUAUAGCCAUCGACAAAUUUACUCAAACGAUAUUUGAAAAUGUUAUUCACACUAAUUAAGCUUACAAUAAAUUUUCCACUAUAUAAAUAUCUACGUCCUUGUAAAAGAUAUACAAAUAAUGAAUGUUUGCUCAAUGAAAACGUUAGAUACUGAAUAAGAGGCAGUCAGAGGCUAGUGUAAUUUUAAGGUUUAUACUCUCGCAACAUGUUACAACAAAGGAAACGUUAGUUUUGUACACCCAACGGUUAUUAUAUACUAUAUAUAUACAUAAUUGAUUAAAUAUUCAAAUACUCAGGUGGCUUUAUCUAAUGCAACGAAUUUCGAUCAUCUGGAAGACGUUUUGCACAUCAUCUCAACACAUACUAUUAAUUAAAUAUAUCUUCGAUAGAACUUAUGUCGGACACAUAACCUUGUGUCUUAUUGUGGAGCUUAAACGUAUAGACGGACAGACAGACAAUCACUCGGAUUUCAACUCAUCUCGCCAUCUUAUUCAUUUAUAUGUAUAUGUAUGUAUAUAUGAGUAUAACUCGAUAUCUCUCUGGAUUACUUUUAUAUGAUACAAACAACCGUUAGGUGAACAAAACUGUUAUACUCUGUAGCAACAUUUCUUAAGAGUAUAAAAAUAACUCAUAUCAGCAUAUGUAUUCUGCUGGAAUGAAGCCUUAAUAUCUUUCACAUCACAGCUGCAUUUCUCCUAGCAACUAUUGUAUAUACAAUGUAUAGCAACAUAUAAACUAAAUCAGAAACCGUAACCGGUCAACGGAUUGCAACCAACGGAAAAAGAUUAGCUAAUUCUUUCUAAUCACGAAAAAAGAUCUUUUAGAUCUAUUUUAGUUAGAUAUUUAACUGAAUUUUAAUCGAUCAGUUUGUAUAGCAGCUACAUAUGUAUGUAUAUGAUCGAUCUGAAUAGUAUGUUCGGAGAAUUUAGCGUUGGCUUGGAGAACAAUCCAUACCAAAUGAAAAUAUAUUGUCUAAUAAAAAAAGUUGUCCAUACAAGAACUGAAAUUUUAAUGAUCAGUUUGUAUGACCGCAUUUUCCUAGGCGGUCCGAUGACGACCACCCAAACAAAAGAAGAUAAUUUUGGCGAGAAAAAGGCAUAUGUACAUAUGUAAAAUUUCAUUUCAAUACCUUAAAAACAGAGGAACUUCGCGUAUAUGCAGACAGACAGACGGGCAUACCUAAAUCGAUUCAGCUCAUCACGAUGAUGAUUGAUAUAUGAAGUUUCCGACGUUUCCUUCUGGCUGUUACAAACUUCGUGGCAAACUUUAUAUACCCUCUUCAGGGUAUAAAAAAAAACUAUUUAAUGAAAAUAAUCAAACGUAACUCUCAAGAAAAUAUACGAAAUAUACGACGCCACUUGUUCAUACUUUACAUUUUUCAUAUGUAUGUAUAUCUUAAUAUAUAAAAAUCACGUGUCACAUUGUUUGUUUGCGAUGGACUCUUAAACUACUGAACCGAUUUUAAUGAAAUUUUUAACACUGUGUGCAGUUUGGUCCAACUUGAAAGAUAGGAUAGUUUAUAACUCUCCUUAUAGUCGCAUUAUUUAUUUAUUGCAAAUUAUUUGUUUAUUAUUAGCAAAGAGCUAUCCACCAGUUGGUGGCGCUAAGAGCGGUAUUGAGUGCGGUAUGUUACAGUAGAUGGCGCUACAAACAUUAAAAACAUUAAAUGAAAAUGCGUUGUUUGAAGUUUAUAUUAUUUGAGGUAAAGUUAUACGAGUCUAUGACUUCCAAAAAAAAAUAAAAAUUGGGCGGGGCGAAGUUCGCCGGGUCAGCUAGUAAUAUAUAAAAGUCAUA